UACUAUUUUUCUGUAUCAGUUUGCUGUACAUUGCAUGCCGUUUGAAGUCUGUGUACAACUGUUGUAGCUAUAGCCUACCGGCAUUAUACUAGUGUCAGAAAAUCCAUCUUACGUUCCCACCAAAUAAUAUAAGGUGUAUUUUGAAAGUGUUCUGUUUGAAAGCAAAUGUGAUAACAAAUAUAAAUGGUUCCAUCGCUUGCCACUCAGCGCUGGAAGGAGAGAGCAGGGAAACAGGAGUGGCCCGCCCGGUGUCAGUAUAAUGUGACUGGGUGGGGCGUCAUGUCUGGGGUCUUCGGCCUGAUAGUUCAGUGGCGGCGGCCCUUUGGUGGCAUGAACACGCCCUGCGACAAGAAAACGCGGUAUAUGUACACACACUUAAUUACUCUUCGUCCUGAUAUGGCUGAAACAUUGUUCAGUUCGACGUACAACCCGAAGCAUACAUUGUACAUACAUACAAAAUAAUAUAAAUAAUUUGAACCCAACUGCUGAAGUAAUUUAAGGAAGAUGGUAUAUUUCUUAAAACACAUGGUCGUGCUUUUCCACCAGGCUCUGUCCGAUUUCCACCUUCGUAGUGGGCGUUGUUGUAAAUAAACGAAUCAGUAAAACACAACAUUAGCACAUAAAGUUAGAGGUGGACUGUGCCAUCAGUUGUAUGGAGGAUUUACCUCCCUUCCUCAGAUCACGUGCACUUCUCAGAACUAACUAUUUUCUAUUUCAGUCAGCGCAUUUUUGUGAAGUUGUGAAGCACGAGGGGAUUUGUGUCGACAGUGAAAAACCGAGCGCAUAAUGGCUGAGAGCAAGGAAAAUCGUGAAGAGGUCCUGACAUGCCCGAUAUGUGUGGAAAUAUUUCGGAAACCAGUAAUAUUACCUUGUCAGCACAGUUUUUGCAAGGAGUGUAUUAGUUUGUUUGCUGACAAGUCUAAACAUGGACAGACAAAAGAGGCCUCCGGUAGCAUGUGGAGUGAGGGCGUUCACCAGCUGAUCUCAUGCCCUGUAUGCCGGACACCGGCCAGUCUGGGGAGAGAAGGUGUGGCUGGUCUGCCUUCCAACUUUCAUUUAGCAGAAAUAGUGGAGAGGUUCUCUUCUGCUGUGAAGAUUGAGGAUGACAUCCCAUAUUGUUCUCUGUGUGCGGAUGAUAAUCAGGCUAAAGCUGUCAAGUUUUGUACUAAAUGUUGUUUACUGUAUUGUAAAGACUGUCUGACUUCUUUUCAUCCCAUGAGGGGUGCUAUUAAGCGUCACCGGCUGAUUUCGUCUCUGGAGUACCUCGCUCAGGAAACCACACAGCGACAAGUCAGCAAGGAUGAACAACCAACUCAGCAGCCAUCAUGCGCCAGGCACGGUCAGUCAUUCGACUUGUACUGUGAACCGUGCCGAAUGGUGAUUUGUAUGGGGUGUGUGGUUGACCAUGCGGGACACGCUAUGCGAGAUGUACCAUCUGCAGCUGAGAAGGACAAGCCAGCCGUGUUGAGCAGGACUAGUGAACUGGAGAAAGCCUUACAAGAAACUAAACACUCACUGUCAGGAGUUAUGAGGCUGUACAAUAAGAUACAGAAAAACCUGGAACUUCACAUUCAGGAGGUAGAAAAGGCUUAUUGUGCAGCCUUUGAAGCCUUACAAGCCUGGAGACAACAGUCUUUAGAUGGCAUAAAAACCCGUUAUUCACAGUGGAGUGCGGACUGUAGCGCCAUACUCAAACAUUUCCAAAUACAGUCUCAGGAAUUGGAGAGAAUGGUACAGGCUUCCAAAGAUUUGUUAGCCUCAGUGGACGUCGAGUUUUUACAGGGUUCCAAGCACUUCACCAAAACAAUUGAGGACCAGCUGAAUGAGAUAAGAGCAAAUCUGGAGAAACAUGAGGUCAGCAAACAGAAGCUUCAAGAUUCUGUACAACAAGACUAUGUUGUCCCUAGACAGUUGACUGUAAAAGAGACAGUGCAAGAACGUCAAGACUUCGAAGCAGCAGUCGGUGCACGAAUGUCACCCCUACGUGUUACAAAGCCGACGCUGAGAUUCACAGAGACAGACGACAGGAAGCUGAGAAUCACUGACAGCGGCUGUGUGGUAAAGGGUGAGGGCUUGUACGGGUGGAGGAGAGCUGUGACAGACGGGCGUUAUCAGACGGGCAGGUACUACUGGGAGAUACACAUCACCUGUUCACAUGACUGUUACUGUUAUGUAGGAGUGACACAGGAGAGCUGUGGCGUGAGUGAGGAGACAGACGUUGGCCGUAACUCCUGGUACAUUGGGAUGGAGUACUGUGGUGAUGAGGUCGAGUGUUAUAGUCCCUGUGGAGGUGAUAUCAAACCUGACUAUCUACAGGACAGACCUUACACACGACCUCAUCACCUGGGUGUGUACCUGGACUGUGAUGACCAAACACUGACAGUCCUGGACUGUGACAACAACCAGGUAAUGUACACUGACAGUGGUGUUGUCGUCACAGAGCCUCUUGUGCCAUGGGUUAGGUUUUGUGUUGGGCCUGGAUCUGUGUCUGCCCGUCUGGUAACGGGUGGCUCUGCAACUCUGCCUCAAGUUCUCCGUGAUAUGAUAAGCACUUCCUGACCAUCGGGUAAUUAUUCAUUACAUCUUUUCCAUCAUAUUAUAAUUUGUUGAAAUAGACUGUUUAGUAGGGUGUUUUUAAAACAAACUGCCCAUUUUGUGUAUAGAUGUUUUAGUUAAUGUCAGCAGUGUGGCUAAUUCAGUAUGUAUAGCUUCUUUUGCAAAGUGGUCAGUGAUCUGUCACAAGCUUACAACUUGGUGUAGUUAUACACAGUCUGUUUCACUUGUCCUGAACAUCAAUGUCAGUUUUCUCCCAGACAAAAUACAUGUAGAUAAUGACUGGGUAGUUUUAUUUUUAGUAAUGGAGGCUUGUAAAUCAACAUAAUCAGGGGUGUCACUGAGCAAAACAGGUAACAGUUUAUAGAUGAGGCCUCAGGGUAGAUCAACCCAGUGUUGACUGAGCAUACACAUUGCAUUUUUCUCUCUUCAAAUAAAGCCAUUAUUAUUAUUAACAAUAAUUGUACCUGUAGAAAUGAAUUUAAAAACUGAACAUUUUAUUAUUACUGUUGCACAGACAGCACAUUUUAUCAAAUUUCAUCAAAGAUAAAAAGCAGAUCGACUUUCAGACCUAUUUUGAAACACAGCAUUAGCAUAUUUAAUGUUGUAAAGUCACUUUACAUAUAACAAAAUUGUAACACAUAAUUGUGCAUUGCUAUACUAAGUGUCAUACAUGUAUGUAGGUGUUUUUAGAAUAUGUGAUGAAAAUAACUUGCUACGUCUAUAUACAUACAUCCUGAAACAGUUCUGGUCAAAUAAAUGCAGUCUUACACUCACCUGUGUAAAUGUUAUUUGGAAAUACAAGCCUUAUAAGUGUGAGAGGGUAAUUUUGCAUAAAUAGCAGGAGGAGGUGGGGGGGGGGGGGGGUGUAGUAGAUAAGUUUGGGGUUGUAAUGGUUGGGGAUAGCCCACGAUAAAUACCCCAAAAGUUGUCCACUUAAGACACUCACAAUUUGACCUUAUCGCAAUAAAGGUGAUCAGGCAAAAUUGCUUUUUUUUUUUUCAUUUCUUUUCUAUGAUUUUCCUUUACUAUUUAUGUAGUAAAUUUGUCAAAAAUAUAUAUAUCCCCUACUAAACAUUCAUGUGGUACCAUGUCAUACCUGUACAUGCAGUUUCCACUUUUCUCUAAAAUGUGUCAAAAAUCAACCAAGCAUUACCACCAUUUGUUUGGAAGUGAAGUCAUAACAUCUUCUCGCCUUGGUAACCUUCAUGGGGUGGGCAAUAAUACUGGGCACAAGGUUUUUAGUUCUAUCCAAAACAAAUAAAACUCUGAUAUAAUUUAACUAGAUGCAAAAUAGAAUUGCAGAAAUUUAUAAUGUAUUUUUGUGGCAGUUUUCAUCCUGUAUUUGGAGUGCUCUUUCACACUUCAGUUCAGAAAAAAAUCUUGGACCUAGUUGCCUGAAUUACGCAUGUGUGUAACCUAGGUGUGCUGGAGGUAUACUUGAGGUACAUCUGAGGUGAACCGUUGAGGUGUAGCAUAUCUGAUGGUCUGUCUGAGGUAUACAUGUACAUGGUGGUGUAGGCCUACAUGUAUGUGGGGUAUAUUGAAGGUGUAUCUGAGGUACUGUGGUUGGUAAAAAGAUGAUGCCUGUGGAUUUAUAGCUCAUGUGCUAUUGUAAAGGUGGAUGUACCAGGGUGUAACAUUUAGCACACUGUUUUCACUUUUAUUUUGGCAGAAAACAAUCUAAAAACAAUAAGCUAAUGGCUGUAAAAAUUAUAGAUAAAUUUAAGUUGUAAGUUUAUAAGUGCACGCAGUUCUUUGUUUACAGUAUCUGUAAUUUGCUGCUGAUGUACAACAACAGUGAUUUACAUUUACAUGAGGCUUUCCAGGUGCUUGAACAGAAUUUAGUGCUACUCUAGUUCUAUUCACUUUAAAUGUUUGUAUGUGCUCACCCUUUACAAAUUCAGCCCCAGGAAGUAUCAGUCAGUGCAUAUUUGGGUUCUUUCCCACAGCCUGAAACAUGCACAUUCUUAAGGGCAGUAAUUUUUGAAUAAUCAGGGACAUAUGUACU